AUGAUCAGUAAUACAAUGAUAAAUCUCGCAAAUCAACCAACAGCAGAAAAAAGUGUACAAACGCAAGAAAAUUUAUUUAAUCCUAAUAUAAUUGUUAAUUCAUUAAACAAUCAUCAUGAAAAUGCAGCUGCUGAAGUAGCCAAUACGUUGGUGUCAAUGGCAACCGUUGUUCAACGAACAAAUGGCAAACAAUCGACUUCCACCUCUAUAUCUCCACAAACAACCCAUAUAUUACCUGUUAUAUCUCUAGCAGAUUAUAAUGGUGUACCAACAGCAUCAGUACUUCAAGCAAAUGUUCAAUCAAAAUUAAGAGCAAAAUCACGUUCAAUUGAUAGCAAUGGAUUACUGGGAAAUGAUAUAUAUAAUCAAAAAACGACAACAAUUGCAACACUCAAUAAUACAACAAACAAUGAUGACGAUGAUGAUGAUGAUGAUGAUGAUGAUGAUGAUUCAAUGGAAGAGGAUAGUUUUGAUUCAUCAAUGUCAACGGAUAAUUAUCAAAGUUCAGGUAAUACAACAACUGAUCAGAAAAUGACAAGUGAAACAAAUGGUAAUAAAAGACGGUAUAGUUCUAAAGCAAAAACAUUACUAAUGAAAAAAAAUAGUGACGGAGAAAUAAUUCAAUAUGGACCAAUUCUUGUUAGACCAAGAAAAAGAAUAGCGCCAACAUUGGCUAACGGAAGAAAAAGUAAAGACGAACUCUUACCACCUGAUGAAGAUGUUAAACGUAAACAACGACGAGAAAGAAAUAAACAAGCCGCAGCAAAGUGUCGAAAAAAACGUAAUGAAUUAAAAGAAAAAUUAGAAAAGGAUGAACGUCUACUGAUUGAUCAACAAGAUGGAUUAAAACGUUCAAUUGACUCGUUGGUAGAACAGAAACAACGUCUUGAAUUAAUGCUUCAUCGACAUACAGCUCAGUGCUCUAAAAAACUAAGAAUUACAACAACAACAACUAACAAUAAUAAUAAUAACAUAAAUACAAAUCUAUUAAAUCAUCCUAAUGUUUUAACGACGACUAAAAUAAUUCGAAAUGAUGAAAUAAAACAACAUCAUCCUCAACAUCAUGCAUUAACAACGGUAAAUCAAACACCUACAACAACAACAUCGAUUGAUAACAAUAACAAUAAUGAUAAAAAUAGUGCUGUCACGAUCAAUUUGGCUAAUAUUAACGCUAAUGAACUAUUUGGAUUCACUUCAUCAAAUGCAUCAAAUUCAUCGCGUACAAUAACUAUACCAUCAGGAACAUCAACAACAUCAGACGUUUCAAUUCCAGUGAUAACAAUUCAUAUUGCACCCGAAUUUGCACAAGCAUUAUUACAAAUGCAACAGAAUGCCGCAUCUGUUGAAUCAAAAACGAAGCUUAAUGAAUUACUUGAUACACGUGCAUUAGCAACGAUAUUAGCAAAUUCCAGUUAUAUAACGAAUAAUACUAAUAAUAAUAAUUCACCAACAACACCCACUAUCACACUGACUCAAUCGGCGACAACCAAUACAGCAUUAGAUAUACAAAAUAACAAUAUGAACAUUGAAAAAGGCCACACAACAACAACAACUACGGAUGUUCAGUAUGGUCGGGAAACAAUUUGUCGAUUUCUAUCAUCAUUUUUGCAAGGUCUUAAUCGAGUGACAAUUCCUCAGCAAGAAAAAUUUUUUAAUGCUAUAAAUCAAAUUGUUCUUAAUACGCCGGCUGUGUUUGCAUCCGAGUGUGACAAAAAUCAACAAUUUGAGAAUAUACUAACAACAAAUUCCUAUUAUUUUGAUAUUUACAUAUUUUCUCAAUUAGUUUGGACAUUAUCGAGUAAAAAAUUUUUAUGCAUCCAUGAAAAUGUGGUAUCUAUUUUAUCUCACAUCUAUGCUGAAUUAUCAUUACGAUGGCCGGCUGCAUUUCGAUUAUUUUUAAAUGAAUUGAUUUAUACGCUCAAUGACGUCAUGAGAUUCGAUGUUGAAUUUAUAGAAGAAGAAAUCAAUUUAUCCAAACGUUUAACACGAUUUAUCAUACCACAACAAGCAUCAUCAUUUUCCUCGUCAAUCACAAUUGAACAAUGUCAUAUCGAUUUUAAUUGUUCGGAAGAUAUUAAUGGAUUUCAAAUAAAUAUUAUAUCUUUACUCAAACAUCUGUCUCCAACGUUAUCAUCAUUACUGGAUGAUGAAUUGAUUAAUUCACUUAUUGAUACAUGUUGUCAGAUGGUAUUUACGUCCGGUGUCAAUGUGAAAGCGUCGUUAUUUUCGUUGUUAUCAUCAGUUAUUGAGCAUAAAAAUCUGAAUACACUUAUUCGAGAUUUGUCACCUAUCGUACAUUUCUCAUUAUGUGAUAUUUUGAUAACGAUCAUGGAUUUUAUACAUACAGAACCGAGACAUUCAGUUCAAUUAGAAAUUGAUUUUGGACAAUUUUUACAUAUUUUAUGUCAAGAUAAUUGUGAUAGUGUUGAAUUUUUUUCAUUACAUAUUGCAUUUUUAUUACCACGACUAAAAUCGAGUAUAAUAAAAAUAAAUUUUUCAAAUAAUACAAAAGAUGAUAAUCAUGAACAAUUACCAAAUCAAUUAUUAUUUUGUCUUUUUGGUGAAGUUCAAAAUGAAAAAUAUCUUGAAUAUUUAUGUGAAUUAAUCGCAUUAUUAUUUGAAAUUGGAAUAAAAACCGUUCCACAUAUUAGUUCAGUACUUAUUAAUCAUGCUAUGGAAUUAACGGAACAUUUAAUAGUUAAUUUAAAUCAAUCAUUAAUAGCAAAAUAUCUUAAUCGAACAAUAGGAAACGCUAUUUUUUGGAUUAUUCAAGAGAAAAAUCGAUCAUCGGAUCCAUUUCGUGUUCGUCGAUUAAGUUUAGUCAAAUAUGCUAUGAAACAGAUUAAAUCAACAUUGGAAAAUAAUUCAUUUAAAAAUGAUGAUGAAGCACUACAAAGUGUUUAUAGUGUUUAUUGUUUAAUAACAUCGAUGUGUCAAGCAUAUGUAUCAUGUCAAUGUCAUUGUAUUGUUAUUAAAUCAACAAAUGAAACAAAUGAAAAUAAUUUUUAUACAUCAUGGUUAAAUAUUGAUGAAAUAAGUCAUGUUUAUGGUCAUUUGAUAAAUGACAUUGAUCAAUCAUUGAAAGAAGAUGUAAUAUCAUUCAUUUCACUUCCAUGGUUAUCUUUAUUAUCUGAUUGGUACGAUUUUCAACCGUCAUCAAGAACAAAAAUAACAAAACAAUCUGUAAAUAAAUUUCAAGCAAAAUUUUCAAAAAUUGAUUAUCAAUUAUCAUUAUCAUGUUUAUCAUUGUAUAAUUCAGAUUUUUAUCCAUUAUUACGAAUAAAUAUAUUUCUAAAAUGUUUAACAAAUAAUGAUUUUGAUGGACAAUUAACAGCAUUAAACAUUUUUACAUAUUUUCAUUAUCGUUUUUAUCAACAACAAGAUACUGUGAACAAUAUACUCGAUAUUUUAUAUAAAACAUUUUGUGCUAAUGAAAAUAUUGAUGUUAAAUUAAAAUUUAAUCUUGUCGAUAUAUUAAAAACACAUCGUUGUUUAUUUGAAACAAAUAUUAAUUUCGUUAAAAUGANGAAUAAAAUGUCACUAUACUUAUGA